UUUUUUUUUAUUUUUGACAGGCAGAGUGGACAGUGAGAGAGAGAGACAGAGAGAGAAAGGUCUUCCUUUGCCGUUGGUUCACCCUCCAAUGGCCGCCGCUGCAGCCGGUGCACCGUGCUGAUCCGAUGGCAGGAGCCAGGAGCCAGGUGCUUUUCCUGGUCUCCCAUGGGGUGCAGGGCCCAAGCACCUGGGCCAUCCUCCACUGCACUCCCUGGCCAUAGCAGAGAGCUGGCCUGGAAGAGGGGCAACCGGGACAGAAUCCGGUGCCCCAACCGGGACUAGAACCCGGUGUGCCGGCGCCGCAAGGUGGAGGAUUAGCCUAUUGAGCCACGGCGCCGGCUCUCUCUUGCUUUCUUUCUGCUCUUAUGUGAGUGGCAGGGCCCCAAGUGCUUGAACUAUUACCUGGUGGCUCCCAGGAAGCUGGAUUGGAAGCAGAGGAGCUGGAGUUGAAGCAGGCACUCUGUUAUGGGAUGCAGGUGUUGCACGUGGCAACUUGACUGCUGUGCCAAACACCCACCCCUGGAUUUCUUUCUUUUUAAAAUACGUAUUCAUUUAUUUAUUUGAAAGGCAGAGCAACACACACGGAGAGGGAGGGAGAGAGAGAGGUCUUCCAUCUGCUGGUUCACUCCCCAAAUGGCUACAAUGGCCAGAGCUGCGCUGAUCUGAAGCCAAGAGCCAGAAGCUUCUUCCAGGUCUCCUAUGUGGGCGCAGGGGCCCAAGCACUUGGGCCAUCUUCUGCUUCUUUCCUGAGUGCAUUAGCAGGGAGCUGGAUGGGAAAUGGAGCAGCCUGGACUUGGCCCCGUGCCCUGUGUGAUGCCGGCGCUGCUGGUGAAGACUUAACCUGCUACGCCACAGCGCCGACCCGCAUCAGGAUUUCUUAAAGCUGCCUGGGCCGAGAGCAGUGCUCUAGACCGGCUGUUUCGUUCUGCAGGAGAGAAACGCGGACCCAGAGAGGCCACACAGCAGAUGGCAGAGCGCAGAGUCCUCUCAUCUCCUGUAGGGCACAGGGCACUGCCCUGCCUUUCUUGGGUCUCUGACCACAGAAAUGAGCUCAUUUCAUCCUCACAACUCCUCACGGAGUACUGGGCACUCACCCCCCACCCCUUACAGAUGAGCUGUCAAGGCUGCAAGCGCCCACGUGACUUGACCCAGUCCGUGAGAGCCAAGAGCCUGGAGCACCCCGACUCUGGGCCGGGGUGCUUUACUCUCAUGUCAUUGUCAUGUGCAGGUUCUAGAACACACAGCUCAAUGCCAUGAGGCAGGUUCCAGGUGUAAAGGGGAGGGACUAUGAGGUGGCAUUCUAGAAGGGUGGAGAAGUGGCACAGGAGGCAGAGAACUAUUUCCUCACAAAGAAGGGCUUUGGGGCAGUCAUGUCCUACUUCAUGUCUCCACAAACUCAGCUAGGUCUUCUGCCUCCUGGCCAAGGUGGGGCCGCUUCUCCUUCGCCCGGCUCAUCCCUCCGGCUCUAUAGUCCUGCAGAGCCGAUGGUCAUGGCCUCCGGCAGACUAGGCCUACUGAGCCAGAGGGCCGAGCAGGUGACACCUGCUGCCCAGGCCUGGGGCCCAGCCCUGGCUGGCUCCUCCGAAGCCAGAGGCUGCCCUGGGGGCACUGGCUGGGAGACUCUGGCAAGGAAGGAGUACAGCCAUGCCCGAUACUGCCACAAAUUCCCUCCCUCGAGGCAGCCCGAGAGCUUGGGCUGGGAGGAUGGCGGCUCUAGAACUUCCCAGCUGCGUGGCCCCAGCAGGCCGAGGCCCCUACUGCUGUGUGGGCUGUCACCGGGGGUUCUGCCCAUGCCCUCCGAGGCAGGGGGGAAGGAGGCUGGCUCCCAGCCGGACAUCUGCAUCCUUACCCUGGCCAUGAUGAUCGCUGGCAUCCCCACUGUGCCCGUCCCGGGCCUGCGGGAAGAGGACCUGAUCCGGGCGGCCCAGGCUUUCAUGAUGGCCCACCCGGAGCCAGAGGGGGCCGUGGAGGGGCGUGGCAGGAGCAGAUGCGUUUCCACCCAGCCUUUGGCCAGAUGCCUCUAGGGAGAGCCGGGAAGAGCCAGCCUCCGGCUUCUGCUUGUAGCUGGAUGAAAUAGCACCAGACACACA